AUGCUCACUGGAUCCAAUUUGAAUCCAGACAGAUCAGACAUCUUAAUUUACAUUAGAAGACAAAGGUAUCUGUUCGCCACCGACAUCACAAAGGUUACAAAAAUUCAUAAAGAAGACUGUGACCUACAGAUGAUUCUAUGGAUAGACGAGAAAGGAGCAGUAGUGCCAUACCACUUUACAACAGUCACCCACGGAAUAAAGGCUGCCCCAUUUCUGGCAGUCAGUACAUUACUCCAAUUGGUAGAAGACGAAGGAAGCAAUUAUCCUCUAACCGUGCCUUCUAUCAUACAUGGAAGCUGUGUCGUCGACAUUGUUGGAAGUGCAAAUACUCCAAAACAACAACUAAUUAAAGUGGCACUCCAAUAA